AUUCGCACAGAGAAUGAAGAUUUGAUGAAACGAUCUGAUAUAGGAACACUAAAAGUUCUUCCAUUAUAUUCUUCAUUGCCACCUCAACAACAACAACGUAUUUUCGAAGAUGCACCGCCUCCUCGCGUUAAAGACGGAAAACCCGGUCGUAAGGUUAUUGUAUCAACCAAUAUUGCUGAGACAUCCUUGACUAUUGAUGGUAUUGUCUAUGUUGUUGAUCCUGGUUUCAGCAAACAGAAAGUUUAUAACCCUCGAAUCCGUGUCGAAUCGUUGCUUGUAAGCCCUAUUAGUAAAGCAUCCGCUCAACAAAGGGCUGGUCGUGCUGGUCGUACGCGUGCAGGAAAAUGUUUCCGUCUUUAUACUGAAAAAGCAUUUCUUAAAGAAUUACAAGAACAAACAUAUCCUGAGAUUUUAAGGAGUAACUUGGGUAGUGUUGUUCUUCAAUUAAAGAAAUUAGGCAUAGAUGAUCUUGUGCAUUUUGAUUUUAUGGAUCCUCCAGCUCCUGAAACACUGAUGCGUGCCCUUGAGCUUCUAAAUUAUCUUGGGGCUCUUGAUGAUGAUGGUAAUCUUACUGGUGAUGGAAUUUUAAUGGCAGAGUUUCCACUUGAUCCUCAACUGGCAAAAAUGUUGAUAGAGAGUCCCAAGUAUAGAUGCUCUAAUGAAAUCCUUUCAAUCGCUGCAUUAUUAUCAGUGCCAAAUAUUUUCGUUCGGCCUAAUGAAUCGAAAAAGCAAGCGGAAGAUGCAAAAGGAAAAUUUGCUCAUACUGAUGGAGAUCACUUAACUUUGCUGAAUGUUUAUCAUGCUUAUAAAACUAAUAUAAAUGAUCCGGAAUGGUGUUAUAAUAAUUACCUCAGUGCUCGGUCUUUAAAAUCGGCUGACAAUGUCCGUCAGCAACUCAAACGUAUUAUGGAACGUUGCGAUCAAGAUUUGGUCAGCACAUCAUUUGAAGACAGAAAUUACUAUUUGAACAUUAGGAAAGCUUUGACAGCAGGAUUUUUCAUGCAAGUAGCACAUUUGGAAAAAUCAGGCCAUUAUCUUACAUGCAAAGAUAAUCAGAUUGUUCAACUUCACCCAUCUUCGUCACUCGGACAUCAACCUGAAUGGGUCUUGUAUAAUGAAUUUGUUCUUACGACCAAGAAUUAUAUCCGCACUGUAACAGAAGUAAAAGCUGAUUGGCUUUUGGAUAUUGCACCAGUUUAUUAUGACCUUCGAAAUUUCCCUAAUUGUGAAGGAAAGAGAGUUUUAGAAAAACAUUUGGCUAGAAGGGCUAGAAGUAAGAAGUAA